AUGCAUAGGGAGUAUUCCAGGAAAAAGAGGCAAGGAAGUGAGAGCAGCAUGGAACAGCAUAGCAGAACCAAGGGGGCAAAACAGCGGAGAGGAGAAUCCCCAUUUGCUUCUAGUGAUGAUAGUAGAAGUGAAGGGGAAAGGAGAAAAAGGAAAACCGUAAAGAGUAGGUCUUCCUCCUAUGAAUCCGAUGAAGGGGAGAAGAAAAUUUCCACAUCGCAUAGAAAAACUAAACGAGACAAAAGCGGAAGGAUAACUCAAAAGAAAAAGUCGCCACACCGUUCCGAUGAACAUUACACUAGUAGCAGCGCUGCAUCUUCGCCAAGAAGAGGGAAGUCCAGUUCGGAAGGAAGAAUGAGAGGGAGGAGGAAGGCAAAAAUGGACCAGUCCAGCAGUGAGAGCCAAUAUAGUAGCGUUAAUUCAGAGGACAAGUCGUCUCAAGGGCGAAGCCCAAGCACCCCCAGUUUGAGCGCUAGCAGGGCGUCCGUCAGGAGUGGAAGCGGGCGUAGUGAAAUCAAGGGGAGGAACAAAUCGAGCAGCGCUUCGGAAGAGGAUUCUGAUGAAUACGCUCCCCAUGAGAAAAAAAGCAGACAACUGAGGGGAGACAAAAGGGGCAUACGCGGAAAGGAUAAACACAAAUCAAGUGAUGAGGAAAAUCAGAGCAAGGAACUUGAGAAAGAAAACGUGAAAAAGGGAAAUAGGAAAAGGAAGCGACAUCAUAGCAGCGGUAGCAGCAGUAGCAGUGCCAGCCAAAAGUCGGAGGUGAAAAAACGAAUUCGACCUAAUGAAAGGCGAAGCGAAAAGAGGGAAAAUAGGAGAAGCGCGUCCGCCAGUUCGAGGGACACUGACGUGGGGAGGAGUAAAAAGAAGGAUGGGAAAGACCCCAAGAGGGGGAAAAGAAGAAGGGAUAAACGGUCCGAAUCAUUCAGCUCGGGAAGCGUACACGGGGGGGAAAGUCAGGAUUCGUCGUGGCGGAGUCGUCACUCUGGGGAUGGGACAAGCAGCAGCGGAGGUUCCUCGGGUAGGGCAAGAAGGAAGAGGGGGAAAGGCACCAGUAGCAGCCAAAGCGGUGAUAGUAGUGAUAGCAUUGAUAGCAGCCAAUGCAGUCCUAGCAGCUCCGAUGAAGGGAAGAAACGGAAGAAGGUGCCCAAACUGAAUCGCAGAAAGGUGCGUCAGGUGGAAAAACCGCACGACAUAGAUGAUGCGUAUGACCCCUUCGCGGAGGACGAACACGCGAACCUCCAAAUUAACGAAGAGCUAAUCGAAUACGCGAAGCAGAAAAUCGCAAACGUCACGACGGAGGAUAUAGGAAGGGCGGGAGGAGUUUAUAUACCGCCGUUCAAAUUGGAGAGGCUAAAAAAAGAAGUCACGAAUAAGAAAAGCGCCCUGUAUCAAAAGCAAGAAUGGAUGAAGUUAAAAAAAAAAAUAAACAACAUAGUGAAUAAGGUGAACGUAGACAACAUAGGAGACGUCUGUUAUGAGCUGUUCGAAUGUAACUUGAUCAGAGGAAAGGGAAUAUUCAGUCGUGCACUGAUCCAUGCUCAGCUAAGCUCCCCAUCAUUUACCCACGUCUUUGCAGCGUUGCUCUGCAUUAUCAAUUCAAAGUUUCCAACCAUAGGGUUACUGACCAUACAGAGAAUUAUCCUCCAUUUUAGGAGGUCCUACAAAAGGAACGACAAAAUCGUCUGCCUCAAUAGUGUAAAAUUUAUUGCUCAUAUGAUUAACCAGAGGGUUAUUCACGAGAUUGUAGGUCUUCAGCUAUGUUCUAUUCUUUUGCAAAAUAUAACAAACGAUUCCGUGCAGGUGUGUACGUAUUUCCUAGCGGAGGUCGGUCAGCUAUAUAUGAACAUAUGUCGAAAAGGUAUAGACAUAAUUUUUGACCGACUAAAGGAUAUCAUACAGGAGGGGAAGAUUAACAUAAAAACGCAAUACGAUAUAGAGAAGCUGUGGACUUAUAGGAAAAAUUAUUUUCGUGAAUUUCCAACCAUCCUGGAAGAUCUUGACCUGAUCGAUGAGGAGGAGAAAAUUGUGCACGAAAUUGACCUCCUGGAUGAGACCUUUGAAAAUCAGGAGGAGCUGAACAUCUUUAGGGAAGUGCCCCCCGAGCAGUACGAGGAGGAGAAUAUCGAGUGGGACAAUAUUGCGAAAGAGUUGUUACACGGGGAUGCCUCUGGCGGGGGGAGAAACAAAAUUAGCGGAAGUGACGAAAGCCACAGUGCCAGCUCACCUAGCGACCAGAGCAGCACAGAUUCAGAAAAUGAGCAACGCGGGGCGAGCUCCCACAGUGACAGCAGCGAUGGAAAAAGUGACGAUGAAAAUGGCGCUGGUGAAGAAGAAGAUGACGACCAGGCCAAAGAAGAAAUAACAGACAUGACGGAGCAGUACCUAAUCAAUCUGAGGAAGAAUGUCUACCUGUCAAUUAUGUCCUCCCUCAGUUUCGAAGAAUGCGUCCACAAGUUACUAAAAUUGAACAUAAAAAAAGGAUACGAAAUAGAAAUUUGCAAUAUGCUUAUCGACUGCUGCUGCAUGGAAAAAACUUUCCAAAAAUUCUAUGCCCUCCAGGCAGAAAGGUUAUGUAAGCUCAAAAGUAUCUAUCAGGAGAAUUUUGAAAAGUGUUUCCAGAAUUCAUAUAAUACUGCCCACAGAUUGGAGACAGCCAAAUUGAGAAACUGCGCAAAAUUAUUUGCUCAUUUGCUCUACACGGAUGCUAUAUCAUGGAACAUUUUCCUUAACAUAAAGUUGUCUGAGGAGGACACUACAUCGUCUACUAGAAUUUUCCUCAAAAUUCUGUUGCAGGAGUUGACUAACAAUUUAGGCAUGCAGGCGUUUUAUCAUAAAAUUAAUCACCCGGCCAUUUCGCCCUUCAUGAGUGGGUUAUUCCCCACAGACAAUGCACAGGAUAUGCGCUUUUGCGUGAAUUUCUUCACCGCCAUCGGGUUGGGCGCCCUCACCGCUUCGAUGAGGAAGUUGCUUCAGGGGUGA